UGGCUGCAGCCUGGAGCCUCCCGUGUCAUGCCGACCCGUCUCAUGCCCUCCCUUCUCAUGCCCAGGCGUGUCCAACGUAUGCUCUUUACAUUGUGCUGGGGACAGAUUUUGACUUCACAACUGAUGACAUGGCCACAAUCAAAACACGGUGGUGCCUGUUGCUCCUGUCAGAUAAUAGCAGAUAAGGAGGAGACAAAGAGGCCCAGGACAAUCCCUCCUGAACAGUCGAUUACAAGAUGUUGUCUCGAAGACAUAUUGCUUGAGGUGGUCUUCCAGGAUGGUGAUAAGGCACUGAUGACCUUGGCCCUAGUCUGUUCCUCCUUCAGAGACAUAGUCACCGAUGAAAACUUCCGGGAAAGAGCUCACUUUCUGUGGCUUGACAGUUACGUUGGAAGAGGAAGGCGGGAUGAGCUGCGGGGGAUAUAUUCUGAAGACCCCCACCCUGGAUUCUGCAGCCAUUUCUGCCAACUAAGGGAAGGAUUUCCUGAGGAGGGACGAGGAUCUUACGGCACAUUCUCGCAAUUAGGCAACGCCCCGUGGCAACAUUAUGACAGCGGUAAUGAACAAUUCCGCUUCCAACCUGGAGGGGAACUGAAGCGGGAUAAGCGCUUUAGUGUUGCUUUAAAACAGUAA